AUGACUGAAUUCUAUUUGAUGUUUUUCCAGGCUGCAUUGCCAACAUUCACAAAUUUCAAUAAGUUUUUACAAACAGAAGAGCCACUGAUUCAAUGCCUACAUGAAGAAAUGCAGAACUUUAUGAACAAGUUAGCGUCUAAAUUUGUCAAGCCAGAAAUCAUCCGAAAGCUAAAAGAUGACAAAUCAUGUUUCAGCAAACUUGAGACAGGUCUUGCGAAUCAAAAAGACGACCAGGAUUUAACUAUUGGUAACAUGACCAAGCCCAAACUUCGUAGAGCUCUAGAGGAAGGUGACAUUAGUGAAAGCGAUGUUGAUGUUUAUGAUGCUUUAUGAAGGGAGUUUUUUGAAACCGCGUACAGUUACUGUGUCAAAUGGUUACCUAUGGAUGACCCUUUAUACAAGGGAAGCAGGUUCAUUGAAUUCUCAAAUCGGGGAAGAAUUCCUUUUGAUGAAUUAACUGAACUGAUACUAUCAUUUCGGCGGCGUUUUGAGAACUAUGUCAAAGACCCACACCAACUUGACGCACUAGAGGAGGAGUAUCAACUAUACGAAUCGAUGUCCAAUAAUGAAAUUCGUAAAGAUGUGUGGGAUGAAUCAAUAGUCAAGGUGUCGGAUGAGCGCACAUAUCAUCGUAUGGACAUCAUUUGGAGUCAUCUCAAAACAAUGCUUCCUAAGCUUGCGAAUAUUGCCCUCUUUUUGCUAACUAUUCCUCACAGUAACGCUGGUGAGGAACGAAUCUUUAGUAUGAUUGGGAAGAACAAAACGAAAUUCAGGUCUAGCCUUGACAGUGACACUUCUUUGAAUUCGAUCAUGCUGAUUAAAAUGAACAAACCAGAAUCAAUUAAGCCUUGCUAUCGAUGGAAAUUUUCGAACGAUCUACUUAAGAAAUAUAAGGCUGCCUGUUAAGAAUAUAAUAAGCAGCAUUCCUCUUCAUAGCUUGUAUUAGAUAAGAACUUUCAUGACAUGUUUAAUGUUUCGGUUUAUUGUUUGUGUUAGAAUUACAAUAUUUUCAAUAUUAUUUUCCAAUUAUUUUUCGUUUUAUUGACGUUUUUAACAUUUGUUGUUGUUUAUUCAUCAUAAAAGAUAACCUUUCUUAUAAUUUCAAGCUAAUCUAAGUGACAUAAAAUUGCCAACAAAUUUUGUAGGAGUUAAAUCGGGGUUCGCAUGGGUUCGCACUGAUUGCAAAAUAACAUUUCCUACAAAAAUAUAAUUAUAAUCGUGCACAGUGGCGUUUCUAAGCCCGGAACUUUUUCAUCCUCUUCAUUUGACCCCCCUCCUCACUUUCUAAGAAAGUUCUUUGAUAUAACUGACCUAUUGAUUACGAAGAACUGUUUUUCCAAUAACAUAUUACAGACAGAGAAAUUAAAGAAUCCUGAGCCAUUUUGAGGCCACAGAAAUGACAAAAUGUCAGGAGCUUCCGAGGGCUUUGCCCCCUGGACCCGCUGGGGGGCUUAGACCGCUCCCCAGACCCCCAGCUCUAGUUUUUGGCCUUGCUCCGCUCGCGAUGUCUCCCGCUUUUCCUUCUCUACAGGUUGGAAGGUAUGGGAUUAUGUUCUGGUCCAAGGAAGUUUACAAAAUUAUUAAAACCUGCUUUAGGGUUCUUGAGAAGGCAAGGUUUCAUUGUCUCAGCAUAUAUUGAUGAUAUCAUAAUAAUUGAUGAAUCAUAUGAUGCUUGUAUUAAAGCUACUGUUGAAACAAUCAAAUUAUUGGAUUUCUUAGGUUUUGUUAUUCAUCCUAAAAAAUCUAAUUUUUUUCCUUCCAAGUGUGUUACCUAUCUAGGAUUUACUAUCAAUUUAGAAACAAUGAAUGUCACCCUCUCAUCAACCAAAGUAUUGAAAAUUAAAGAUAAAUGUUCCAAAUUGUGUAUGUCUCAUAACCUAGCAAUAAGAGAUGUUGCAUCAGUGAUAGGCUUAAUUGUGAGCACAUUCCCUGCUGUUAAAUUUGGGCCUUUACACUAUAGAUCAUUAGAAAAUGAUAAAAUUCAGGCACUAGCUAUUUCUAAGGGAAAUUUUGACCAUGCCAUGUCACUGUCUAAAACAGCCUAUGAUGACUUAAGGUGGUGGAUUGAUAAUGUUGAAAGCUCAUUUAAUGACAUGGCAAUCUCUAAUCCUGAAAUGGUUAUUGCUACUGAUGCCUCAUCUACUGGUUGGGGAGCUGUCUUAGGCAGUACAAGGACAAGAGGGGUUUGGAAUCUCCAUGAGCAACAACUCCAUAUUAAUGUGCUUGAGCUAAAGGCUAUUUUGUAUGGGCUAACUUCUUUGAUUGACCAAAGGAAUACACAUGUUAAAAUUUUGACUGAUAAUAUGAAUGCAGUACACAGCAUUAAAAAUAUGGGAUCUUGUCGUUCUUUGGCUUGUAAUGAAGAAGUGAAGCAAAUUUGGAAUCGGGCUAUCCAGAAUCAAAACUGCAUAUCUGUGUCCUUCAUCCCAGGAGUUCAGAGCUGAUGCUGAAUCUAGAAACUAUGAGCUUCGAACAGAAGGGCAGUUAAAUCCAUCUGUGUUGAAAUUUGUAAUCAAAAAAUUAAAUGUUACCUUAGACAUUGAUUUAUUUGCCUCUAGAAUCAAUUGCCAAUUUAAGCCUUUUGCAUCGUUUUGGCCAGAUCCAGAGGCUUCAGCAAUUGAUUCGUUUACAUUUAGCUGGUGAACCAUUAAAUUUUAUGCCUUUCUUCCAUCUGCAACUGUUCCUAAUGUUUUACAAAAUAUUUCUUCUGACAAUGCAACUGGUUUUCUAAUUGUUCCUAAUUGGCCAUAUAGUCCCUGGUAUUCUCUGUUCAAUGUUGAUUUCUGAACGAAUUGUUAUUCCUUCCAGCAAGCAUCUAAUGUUACUGCCAAACCGUCCACAAGCUAUGCACCCACUACACAAAUCUCUGCAACUGCUAGCUGGCAUGAUAUCUGGAACAAAAGAUUACCAAUAGGUAUAUCAUCUGAAGCCAAAUAUAUAAUUGAUUCAUCUUGGUCAUCUGGUACUUCAAAACAAUAUUCUACCUAUUUAGACAGAUGGUUUGUUUAUUGUCAAAGAGUGGACAUAUGUCCCACACAUUAUUCUAUUAAUCAUAGAAUUAACUUCCUAACAGAAUUGUUUAACAAACAUAAUUUGGGCUACUCUGCUAUGAACACUGCUCGUUCAGCUUUAUCCAAUAUUAUGACACCAGAUGCAAGUUCGUCAUUUGGUAACAAUCCACUUGUUAAGGUUGUUUUCCACUAAGCGGAAGACUGCGAGCGGUCCGCUUUGCACGCUCAUCGGACAUGCGCAUUGGUAAGCUUAGUCCAAAUCAAGCGGAGAUUUCGAGCACGCUGAAAAGUAGAAUCAAGUUCUACUUUUUGGGCGGACCGAGUGGAAAUUGUGUUAACAAUGGAUGGAAGCUUGGUUCCCCUAGAUCUGCAAUCUGUUAUUGCAACAAUGAUAAAAGCUCAAGCAUCGCAAGGAUCACCUGGGCCUUCGUCGUCAGAUGCAAUGUCAUCUCAACAAGCCACAUACUUGCAACAAGAAGCAAGGGCAGAUUUUGUAACAGUAGGUUCUUUGGUUUGUUUACAUUUUGUUGACUAGCCAAUCAGAGAGCUCUAUUUCUAUGGCGUCAUCUGAUGGUAAUGGCGGAUGGAGGGGUUUGCUAUGGAGAAAACCACACCCUCGUUUUUUCCUCGCAACGAAAAUAUACUUUGAGAAAAACUCGAGAUUUUUUGCACCCGUAUAGAACGAUAAAUUUUACAUGUAAUUUUAUUGGCACUAAGCUCUGCGUUUACUGCUCUUUGCGUGAUCGCUCGCUAUUGACAUCCCUUUUUGCACGCCCUCAAUGGCUCGAUGACCCUCCGACGACUUGGCCCUAAACCCAACAAAUCACGCUCCUCUACCAAAAACAACAGUGGACUUCAAUUGCACUGCUAGCAGAUGUAAGGAAUAUUUCAAAAAGGGUCUUACAGUGUUUUUUAAAUUAUUUUUCAACCUAAAAUAGCUAUUAAGGUGGAUAUGUAUAUGUAGCGCUAGCCCUUCGGGGGAGGGGUCUAGCCAUAAUUUCGGCGGGACGGAGAGUGAAAAGCAACUAAAAAACAGUAACUGAACAAACUUGCAAUCAACAUGGUUAUACGAAGAUGGCAGAUAAGACACAAUGUCCCACCGCUGUUCGAUGUUCAUUUAAAAUUCCCAUUGGUUGGACUAUACACUGCACUCCCCCACUCCAAUGUAUCCGGAAAGUUUUGAAUAUUGCCAGGAAUCUGUUUUUAAGUAUUUUUUAAAUAAAUUCAAAGACAAUUCUCUUAAUAACCUUUCCAUUAAUUUCCUCGAAUUUUUCCUGUGUUUCUUUGGCGUUGAACUAUUUAUUCGUCAAAAAUUCAUCUUAUUAUAGAUGUGUAAGCAAACUUUUUGAGGGUCUUUCCUCAAGAUGGUAGCAUCGGAAACAAGUGAGUUGACACAUUAGCAGUGUCUAGAAAUAAUGUUUUAUCACAAUGAUCGAAGAAAAGCUAUUAUUUAAUUGUUCGUAUAAUUGAAUGCAAAAAACUGCUGAUUUAGAAAAUUGCAAAAUAAUUUGAAAGCAA